ACACACCAUCUUGGCCAGUAGGCGGUGCAGUCGCCCAGCCGCUGAUGUCAGGAGGCGUAGUCUCUGCGAGGAUCGCUGGGAGUUUGCUGACGGUCCCUGGAUGAGCGUGAUGCUGGAGAACGACAGCCCAGGUGGAGGUGUGAUACCCUGAUGUCAAAGGUCAUGAGGAAGUUGCCCAGCUAACAUAAACCGAUCUGCCAUGGAUCUCCUGUACAGAACCGAGACUACUGUGGGUUACUCCCUGCCUAUGGACCCUCCAGUAAAUGAGACUGAGCAGUGCUACAAAGCACACUCACACAACACAGUUCUUCAGGGACUUCCAUUUGGUGGGAUUCCUACUGUGCUAGCAAUCAAUUUCCUGGCUUGGCUGGUACUGCUGCUCGUAUUUUCCUGCCUAAGGAAGGCUGCUUGGGACUAUGGACGCUUGGCCUUGCUGAUAGACAAUGACAGCCUUGCCUCACAGCGCAGAUGGACAUCGUAUGAUCUCACUUCUCUGUUUUACGGGGAGCCUAGUGAAAAAGAGAAAUCGCCCUGUGAGAUCAGUCCUUCUGAAGCAAGCACCAAAGAUGUGGGCCUGUGUUCCUGGCUCAGCUCCAUUUAUCAGAUGAAGGAUGAGGAAAUUCAGAGUAAAUGUGGAUCAGAUGCUAUUACGUACUUGUCUUAUCAACGUCAUCUUCUGGUGGUGUUGCUUGCUGUAUGUGUCAUCUCAGUGGCCAUCAUACUGCCUGUUAACUUCUCUGGAGAUAUGCUAGGUGACAGUCCAGCACAGUUUGGUCGAACCACCAUCGUCAAUGUACCUACUAAGGAUCGUUUUCUUUGGCUGCACAGUGUUUUUGCACUUGUCUAUUUUCUAUUCUCAGUGCUGUGCAUGCGCCAUCAUACCUCUUCACUGCACUACAAGGAGGAUGACAAGGUUGCAAGGACGCUGAUGAUUACAAAAAUCCCAAAGGAGAUCUCUGAUGCAUCUCUUGUUACUAAACAUUUCCAUGAGGCCUACCCCAGCUGCACUGUGACAGAUGUCCAGUUCUGCUAUGAUGUUCGUCAUCUUAUGAAGCUGGAUAAAAAGAGACGCCGAGCCAUGAAAGGACGCAUGUACUUUGCUAGUCGAGCACAAAAAGAAGGGAAAAUUCUGAUUAAAAUUCACCCAUGUGCUAGACUUUGCCCAUGUGAUUGCUGUGGCUUUCAGCAGGUGGAAGCCGAGCAGUAUUAUGGGGAGCUGGAAGAGAGACUAACAGAUGAAUUUACAGCAGAAAGGAAUCGGAUUACUUUAAAGAGGCUGGGUGCUGUAUUUGUUACAUUCCAGGAUGAGAGGAUGACAGCAGUGAUUAUCAAAGAUUAUAACAGAUUGCGCUGCCACAGAGCACCUCAGCAAUCGUCAGUCACUCCAUUGCUAAAAUCACAUAAGUGGAUGGUACAAUAUGCCCCGGCACCAAGUGAAAUUAUUUGGGAGAACCUUGCGGUGUCUGGAGCACUGUGGUGGUCUCGUUUCUUGGCAUUGAACCUGUUGCUGUUCAUUCUUCUCUUCUUCUUGACCACACCGGCUGUCAUAGUCAGCACCAUGGACAGAUUCAAUGUAACAUACCCAGCGGAGAAACUGCGAAACCCUGUCAUCACUCAAUUCCUUCCCACGUUUCUCCUCUGGAUGUUUUCUGUGUGCCUCCCUUUCUUGGUUUAUUAUUCAACUUUCUUCGAAUGUCACUGGACAAGAUCCAGUGAGAACCAGCACACAAUGCACAAAUGCUAUUUCUUUCUUGUAUUCAUGGUUAUUGUCUUGCCAUCUCUAGGUCUAACAAGUUUGAAUCUCUUUUUCCGCUGGCUGUUUGAUAUUCACUUUUUGGAUGAAGCAAACAUAAAAUUCCAGUGUGUUUUCCUUCCCAAUAAUGGGGCAUUCUUUGUGAACUAUGUGAUCACAGCCAGUCUGAUUGGCACUGCUAUGGAGUUACUUAGAAUCCCAGGGCUCACGGUGUAUGCGGCACGUCUUUGCCUGGCUAGGACAGAGCCAGACCGUCUUCAUGUUAAACGGAACCAAGCCUAUGAAUUCCAGUUUGGACUCGAAUAUGCUUGGACUACAUGUGUAUUCUCUCUGGUUAUGACAUACAGCAUUACUUGUCCUAUAAUUGUUCCUUUUGGACUAAUAUACAUGCUUCUGAAGCAUAUGACUGAUAGAUAUAACAUAUACUAUGCCUAUAUCCCUACAAAGCUGAGUCCUGGACUGCACAAGGCAGCUGCCCAACAAAUGCUUGCAGCUCCUGUACUUUGCAUUUUCUGGUUGUUGUUCUUCUCGGUACUGCGUCUGGGUUCCAUGCACCCAGUCACUUUGUUUACCUUCGCUGUCCUCCUCUUUUGUUUACUUUUUUCCACUUUUGGGCUGUGUCUUAGGAAGCUGCAACCAAACAGACCUUCAAGUUAUCAGAUGUCUGAACCCAAUGAAGCGAUCAUCCAAGAUAUGGAGCGAAGCAGCAUAUCCUCCACAAUUCAAUCCAAUGUGUUUGUAGCUUCUGUCCUGCAAGAGCAAGAGCUUUCUCCAUUGGCCUCCCCUGCGCAUGCCUCGUAUGGAGCACUGGAGACUCGCACAGACACUCCUGGUGAUGAGCAGGAGACAAGCCCUGAGUCUUUGGUGGGGGAUACCUGCCACUGAGCAAACACAAGAAAUGCCAAACAUGAGACCGGUUGUAGCACGCUGGAAGGAUGUUGGCUGCUUUCUGAGCAGUGCUUAUUUUUGUUUUUAUUUCUUUAUUUUCUGAAUAUUUUGUGAGCCAGUAGCAAGCUUCUCCUUAUUCGUUUAUGGACAUAGGAGUCUUUCUGUGGGCCAGUUUAGAAAGUCUGUGGGCCAGUUUAGACAGUCUUUGCCUCUUUCUUGGCAAAGUUAAGUCAGUAAUUGGAGGCCAGCGUUGAGCUCCUCUCAGGAAAGUGUGGGCAAGAAUUGGAGCAGUUAUCCUUGGCAGUGCUUGUGCUAUAAAUGAGCUUUGAGCCUGGACGAACUGCAGGCCAAUGUUAGGUUUGCUCUGGGCAGUACGUGGGCCAUUCUGAGGCCAGUGAAUGGAUAUUCUCUAAACGUUACAUGGGUCGGUUCCACAGUAUUGGUGCAUGUCCAUUCAGUAUUAAGAAUGAGCAAACACAAGACAAAAGCUGUUUUGUGAUUUACAGCGGCUGUUAUUUCAUGCUGCACAUAGUAAAGGGAACCUAUCACUGAAAUAAGUCUCAGUACUAGUAUCAAACAUUCUUUUAAUAUAUUCAUGUUAAAUAUGUUGCUGUGUAACAGUGCAAAGCGAUACUAUUGCCAGUUAGUUGUCUGUCCCAAGGUAACUACAAUUCAAAAGAUCCAGACAUUCUACUCUGUCACUGGAACUCCACUAUCAAUUGUAUUACAGACUCGUUGGCAGUCUCAUUAGCUGCUGCUUAUUUCAUAAUCCUUGCUGAAACAGUGUGAGUAGCAAAACACAGCCCCAUCAUUACAGUACAUUGUUAUCCAUGUGAAUCACUAAUCAAAAUAUCUGAAUUUAAAAACGUUUGCCUUUAUUGAAAUGUAAAUUGUAUUGUUAUUUAAAACAGAAUCACUUUAAGAUGCCUUAAUAUCUGCUAGCAAGCUGUGCCCAAGGAACUACAAUAGAGACACUAUUAUACAGAGAGCUGGGAUGUGAAAUCUGUAAUGACCUAUGGAGCAGAAUCUGUCUAUGUUGAAUCUCUGGGAUGUAUAUACUGUACCACCACCAAUAUCUCCAUUCCACAUAAUGUGUCAUACAUUCUCAUACACUGCUGUCAAACAUUACUGUUAUUGGCAUAAUUAGAAGCUCUGCUUAAGAACAUAGUUUUUAUGCCCCAUUAAAGACAAUAGGAAAAUAUGCAUCUGCCAGGAUCCCUAUUCAGCUCUACAUGCUCCUGAGGCUCCUGAGUCUGCUGUCUCUUAUAUUAUACCCCUGAGAACUGCUGUUCUUCUCUCAAUCAUGAACACUACCCCUGUUUUAGACAUAGUGGGGGGCACAUGUAAUAAGGAUCUACAGAGCACUCAAUAUAUGUAGCUUUAUUAAUCAAAGUUCACAGAAGGAAGGUUAGUGAGUGUGGGAAAAUAAUGCCUGAGUGCCAUGUUUCCCUAUAAACAUUUCAUCAGACUUUGCAAAUGUGUAUCUACUGAGAUACGUGCUAUUGUGCUCCAAAUAUGCACUGACAAUUCUGGGCAAACCAGUAGAUGUACAGGUUUAUAAUCCAGAAUGCUUGAGACCGGGGGUUUUCCGGGUAAUAGAUAUUUCCAUAAUUUGGAUAAUGUAAAAUAAACCCAAUAGGAUUGUUUGCCCCCAACAUGAUUCAUGCAGCUUCGUUAGUUAAAAGGUACUCCUUUAUUAUUACAGAGAAAAAUGUGAAUUAUUUGCUUAAAUUGGACUCUGUGGGAGAUGACCUUAUUGUAAUUUAAAUAACAGGUAUUUUGGAUACGGGAUCCCAUAGCUUUACAUUUUGAAGCAUCGGGUAACAGGCGGUAUAGUGAAGAACCAUUGACAAUGUGUUAACUUCCAUACAGUCACACAUUUUUUAUUUAUGCUUGCUGUUAACUCCUGAGUGCCCCUUAGUUUGCACCAAAGUGUAUGGCCCAAGUGUAGAGAUGGGGUGGCACUAUCCAUAGAUACAUUAAAAAAGGAGCAAGGAUAGAGUUCAGGGCAGUAUGUGGAGGGGCCUGUAUUUACCCCAUUCUCCAGGCAGGUGGCAAUUACAGGACUGCUCAGUAAGCACGUUUAGUAAGGGAAACUAUAACUAUUAGAAAACUGAACCAUAUUGGUCUUUUAAUCAAUCUUCUUCACAAAUAGCCUUUA